AUGGGCGUCUGCACUUCCUGCUUGGGUGGGAGCAGGAAAGAGGUCUUCGAUGAGGACGAGGAAUCGAGGCUUUUGUUCGACGACCCCAACGGCAUUCACUAUGGCAGCUUUGGCGACCAGAGCAUGAGCGGCCAGGAAGACCCCGUCGAGGUGCAACGCGAGAAUGAAGCCCUGCAGAGAGUUGUAGCCAAGACAUCCAACAACAUGGUCGAUAUUUUUGAGAUCGCCCCGCAAGAUCAUGCGGCGCGACCUGCGCCAGCACUCUUUGCGUAUGCAGGACAAGAAGCCCGCAUCGUUCGAUAUCAGCACCUGCUCUCCAAACUAGCCUCCAAGGACGAGGGCGAGGGUCAGGGCCAGGGCCCGGCGGGCGUUCAAGUGGAUUGGCUUCCCCAGGAAGACACGGUAGACGUGCAGCGCCGUGCUCCAUCCAUCAAAUCCGAGUCUGACGGUCCCCUCGUUGGCACCUUUGCAGAUGCAGCUGCUGCGAUGGCAUGA